AUGUCUGCAGAGUUUGACGACGUCCUCACAAAUCAACCUGUGGUUAUCGACAAUGGUUCUGGAACAAUAAAGGCUGGUUUUGCUGGACAAGAUCAUCCAAAAUGCUUCUUCCCGUCUUUUGUUGGUAGACCAAAACACAUACGCGUCAUGGCCGGAGCUCUUGAAGGUGACGUUUUCAUAGGGAGACGUGCCCAGGAAUUCCGAGGGCUGCUUAAAAUAAAGUACCCAAUGGAACACGGAAUCGUGACAGAUUGGGAUGAUAUGGAGCGCAUAUGGAGUUGGGUGUACGCUGAAGAGCUUGGAACCCUCAGCGAAGAGCAUCCCGUCUUGUUAACGGAAGCACCUUUAAAUCCUCGAAGUAACAGGGACGUUGCGGCCCAAAUAUUCUUCGAUACCUUCAACGUACCAGCUUUGUUCACCUCUGUACAGGCUGUCUUGUCAUUGUAUUCAUCAGGACGGACAACCGGAAUUGUGCUCGAUUCUGGCGAUGGUGUCACACAUGCUGUACCGGUAUUUGAAGGCUUCUCCAUGCCACACGCUAUUCGCCGCGUAGAUGUGGCGGGAAGGGACGUAACUGAUCACCUUCAACUCCUCCUCAGGAAAUCGGGCCACCAUUUACAUACUACAGCGGAGCGCGAAGUCGUUCGAACCAUCAAAGAAAAGUGCUGUUAUGUCGCUCUUAACCCAGGAAAGGAAGAAAAGGAUGCUUUGGGUCGAUUGGAAGAAUUUAGGCUUCCAGAUGGUAAUGUUGUUCAGCUUGGUCCGGAGCGUUUCCGCGCUCCUGAAAUUCUAUUCAAUCCUGAGCUCAUUGGUCAAGAGUAUGCUGGGGUACAUCAAGUCGUUGUAGAUUCAAUCAACCGUGUAGAUUUGGACCUCCGGAAAAGCUUGUUUUCGAACAUUGUUCUCAGCGGCGGUAGCACUUUGUGCAAAGGUUUCGGCGAUAGGCUGUUAAAUGAAGUCAAGAAAUUGGCGUUGAAAGACGUCAAAAUCAAGAUUUACGCGCCCCCUGAACGCAAGUACUCGACGUGGAUUGGUGGCUCAAUCUUGGCUGGUUUGAGUACUUUCAAGAAGAUGUGGGUGUCCGCCGAGGAAUAUCAAGAAGACCCAGAUAUCAUCCAUAAAAAGUCUGGCUUCUGA